GCAGGCGAGGGGGCGGGGCUCCCGGUUCCGGCCUCGGGAGGAAUUUUGAAAAGCUCCCGCAGCGGCUGAGGGAAGGAAGAGCAGCGUAGUGCUGCCCGGUCGGCCCGUCAUCGCCGCCGCCUCGCAAGUUUGGGGCCGUUCUAAACGCGGGCGAACCUGGGGGCAGCCGCGGCUUGCAGGUGUGUGAACAACUAAGGAGACAAAUCAGUGAGUUGGAGAUGAUGUGGAGAGACACUUUGGGAGUUACUAAUAUUGACGGCAUGGAUCAUUCUGUGCUCAGAAGGGAGGUGUCUUCUGUUCUUCAUGACAGAUCUCUGGUUGAAGAGGAAGACCCUCACAUGAAAGUAUCGCUUGGGAGCAGCGAUAUGGGUGUAUCUGCCCACCUGCAGACAUCAAAGGCAGGAACCACGAGAUUUUUCACCAGCAACACUCACAGUUCUGUGGUACUACAGGGUUUUGACCAGCUACGGAUAGAAGGUUUGCUUUGUGAUGUGACGCUAGUGCCAGGCGAUGGUGACGAAGUGUUUCCGGUUCAUAGGGCAAUGAUGGCGUCUGCUAGUGAUUACUUCAAGGCCAUGUUCACAGGUGGGAUGAAAGAACAAGACUUAAUGUGCAUUAAGCUCCAUGGCGUGAACAAAAUAGGUUUAAAGAAGAUCAUUGAUUUUAUUUAUACUGCAAAACUUUCUCUCAACAUGGACAACCUUCAGGAUACUCUAGAAGCUGCCAGCUUUUUACAGAUAUUACCUGUGUUGGACUUCUGUAAAGUGUUUCUUAUAUCUGGGGUUUCCUUAGAGAACUGUGUCGAGGUGGGGCGGAUUGCCAACACGUACAACCUCACAGAAGUGGAUAAAUACGUGAACAAUUUCAUCCUCAAGAACUUCCCAGCGUUGUUAAGUACCGGUGAGUUUGUGAAACUCCCCUUUGAGCGCCUUGCCUUUGUCCUUUCGAGUAAUAGCCUUAAGCAUUGCACGGAGCUGGAGCUCUUCAAGGCUGCCUGCCGCUGGCUGCGGUAUGAGGAGCCACGGAUGGAAUGUGCAGCAAAACUCAUGAAGAACAUCCGGUUCCCCCUGAUGACUCCACAGGAUCUUAUCAACUAUGUCCAAACGGUGGAUUUCAUGAGGACUGACAACACAUGUGUCAACUUACUCUUGGAAGCCAGCAAUUACCAAAUGAUGCCCUACAUGCAGCCAGUGAUGCAGUCGGAAAGGACGGCCAUCCGUUCAGACAGCACUCACCUGGUUACGCUCGGGGGAGUGCUCCGGCAGCAACUGGUUGUCAGCAAGGAGCUGCGGAUGUACGAUGAGAGAGCACACGAGUGGAGGUCUCUGGCACCCAUGGAUGCACCCCGCUACCAGCAUGGCAUUGCUGUCAUUGGGAACUUCCUGUAUGUUGUUGGCGGACAGAGCAAUUAUGACACGAAAGGAAAGACGGCUGUUGAUACGGUGUUCAGGUUUGAUCCCCGGUAUAAUAAGUGGAUGCAAGUGGCUUCUUUAAAUGAAAAGCGAACCUUCUUCCACCUAAGUGCCCUCAAAGGACAUCUGUAUGCAGUUGGUGGUCGAAAUGCAGCUGGUGAAUUAGCGACAGUGGAGUGCUACAAUCCAAGGAUGAAUGAGUGGAGCUACGUGGCAAAAAUGAACGAGCCCCACUAUGGCCACGCUGGGACUGUGUAUGGGGGGCUGAUGUAUAUUUCAGGAGGCAUCACCCAUGACACUUUCCAGAAGGAAUUGAUGUGCUUUGACCCUGAUACGGACAAAUGGACUCAAAAGGCUCCGAUGACCACAGUUAGGGGCCUUCACUGCAUGUGCACUGUUGGUGACAAGCUUUAUGUCAUUGGUGGGAACCAUUUUAGAGGAACCAGUGAUUAUGAUGAUGUUCUAAGCUGUGAAUAUUACUCGCCAACCCUGGACCAGUGGACACCAAUUGCUGCUAUGCUCCGUGGUCAGAGUGAUGUUGGGGUGGCUGUGUUCGAAAAUAAAAUAUAUGUUGUUGGAGGAUAUUCAUGGAACAACCGUUGUAUGGUAGAAAUAGUCCAGAAGUAUGACCCAGAAAAGGAUGAGUGGCACAAAGUUUUUGAUCUCCCAGAAUCCCUUGGGGGCAUCCGUGCCUGCACUCUGACAGUUUUCCCUCCGGAGGACAAUACGGGCUCCCCUUCUAGAGAAUCGCCUCUUUCAGCACCUUGAGAAGCAGCAUCCAGUUGGACUUGCCGUGUUGUCGUUCCAAUACUGUUGCACUGCAUCAGGGAUUCCCCUCUUUGUCUUCAGUAGUAUCUAUAAAGGCUUACCCUGAAGCAAUUGGCACAACAAUGGGGUUGAGGGCGAGGAGUCAAAGAAAGGUGGACAUUACUUGUGCUCUUUGGUCUAGAAAGUGUAUUGAGUGGACAACCAACUGCUGAGCAAAGUGGCGGUGGUUUCUUUUGCUGGUUUGUUUGAGCCAAAUGCUUAACAAAUAAGAAAAAUGAAGUGUCUGUCGUUAAAAAAGGGAGGGGAAAAACACCUUUGCGUUAGGCACAUUGAUGCUGUGUAUGGGUGCACAGGUAACAUACAGCAGGAAGCCCAGUAAGUUGAGCCGGUGGGGGGAAUGCAGUGAAUGGGAAACCUUGUUUUGUGACGCUUUGGAGCUGGAGGUCCAUCUUUCCUUGCUGCACUUUCUGAGAGAGGGAGAGGGAGCCCCUGCCAAUGCAAAUGUCAGCAGCUCUCUGGCCUCAGCUACCUCCCUCUUCUAAUGGAGCAUUUCAGACCUGUUUACGGACUUGACACUGGGGGUGCUUUCCAGAGUAUAUGGCAUAUGAGAGAAACCCAGCAGUUUUGAAACCAUCAAUAAGGUUUCAAAACUGCCGACCCUGAAUCCAUAAGCUAGAGUACUUUUUUAAAAUAAGAUUUUCCAUUUGUGGUACACUCCAUGAAAAAUGGAACGUGUCUGAGGUUUUCAAUUGUGUUUUUUCUUUCCCUUCUCUUCCCCCCCCCCCCGGAAAAGAAAAACUGAUUCAUUGUGGGAUCCUGAGCAAUUCAUACAUGGGGAUUCGGUUCAGUUGUGCAACCCAGUUGGAUGCCUGGAUUUUGGGUAGACAAGGGCUAGACUCUAAAAGUUUGAGCAAAUGGUUCCCUUCAGAUUGAAUUUCCUCUACUUUGCCCUUCUCCCCUCCACUCCCCAGGCAUCCCAUAUCUUUUCGUUGGUAAGAGAACUUGCCUUUUAACCUCUGUAUAAAAUCUCAGUUAAUAUGGUUAUUUAGCACAAAAUGCAGCUUUGACAAAGAGCUGCUUUUGCUCAGAGAAUUCAGACUACCCUAUUUCUUUUGUUCAAUAAAAUCUUUAACUGCAA